AUGUCAGAACCCACUGAACUUCCAUUUCAUUCAACAGAUAAUAAUAAUACAACUAUGGCAGUUAAUAUUCCUUUAAAAGUAAUGUUUGCUGCUCCUGAUGUUGAUCUUCUUAGUCCACCGAGUAAACAUGAAUAUUACACACAAAAUAGCAAUAGUCCAAAACCACUGAUAUCAUUUGGUAUUAUAUCAGAUAUUCAAUAUGCCGACAAUGACGAUUGUUGGAAUUAUGAUAAAACUCGUUUGAGACGUUAUCGAAAUGCGUUAAAAUUAGUAAAUGAAGCAUGUUCACAAUGGAAAAAAAUUCAUGAUGAAACACCACUAUUAUUUAUUUUACAAUUAGGCGAUAUUAUUGAUGGUAUAUGUUUUCAAAAUAAAAAAUCUGAUGAAGAUUUACAAACAAUUUUAGAACCAUUUAAUCAAUUAAAAUCUGAUAUUCAUUGUCAAAUCUAUCAUCAUUGGGGUAAUCAUGAAUUUUAUAAUUUUAAACGAGAUACAUUACAUUCAUCACCAUUAUGUUCAUUUAAUACAAAACAAAUUUAUCCUGCAUAUUAUGGUACAUUUGAAGUAUGUAAACAUUUACGUGUUAUAUCACUUGAUACAUAUGAAACAAGUGCAUUAGGUGUGGAUGAAACAAGUACCAUUUAUCAACAAGCACUUGAUAUGUUGACAAAACAUAAUAAAAAUGAAGAUUUGAAUAGUCCAGAAAAUUUAAGAGGACAUCAAAAACGAUUUGUGUUAUUCAAUGGUGGCAUUAGUGAUAAACAAUUAGAAUGGUUAAAUAAACAAUUAACUGAAGCAUCAAAAAAUAAAGAAAAAGUUAUAAUUACAGGACACAUUCCAAUUCAUCCAAGUGCAUGUGAGCACUUGUGUUUAUUGUGGAAUUAUAAAGAAGUUCUUGAUACAUUGUGGCAAUAUGAUUGUGUUAUUGCUGUUAUAUGUGGUCAUGGUCAUGACGGCGGUUAUUUUCGUGAUCGUAAAAAUAUUCAUCAUUUAACAUUUCCAGCCAUUGUCGAAACGGAUCCAAAUACCAACGCUUUUGCUACUGCUCAUGUGUAUCCAGACUGUUUAUUAAUUCAAGGCGUUGGUCGUAUUAGUACAUAUCAAAUUGAUUGUCAAUUAGAAAAUAUUCUAACUUCAUCCUGA